AUGAGUGAUGAAGAGAAUAUGAAGCAAUUCGAUCAUAGGCUUGCUAACAGACCACUAGSUCUGGUCAUCUUUGAAACUGGUCUUCUUGUCAUCAUAGCACUUGCAGCUYUUGUURGCAACACAUGUGUGUUGUAUGUGUUCUACAAGACACCACGUCUUCGCUCCGUUACAAGCUACUACAUUACAACGCUAGCUGUCUCUGAUGUGGUCGUGUCCAUAACAGCAAUGCCUACAUCUAUUGCAAUUUCAGUUUGUGAAUGCGAUGCCCUUGGUGUGCAACUAGGAGCAAUUGUCCAGUGCRUAAAUUCAGUUGCAAUCUUUGGUUCCUUACAGACAGUGCUUAUGAUAGCAAUUAACAGAUACUAUUGUGUCCUAAAACCGGACAAGGUUUCGGGAAUUAAUAUUGUCACCAAGUCCCUCAACACAACGUGUAGUACCAGUAGUAUCGUCAUGAGCUGUAUAAACCAAAUACCAGGAAAGAUGGUUUGUGGAGACAUUUGA